GCCUGUAAUGCGGUAACUUCCAGUGACGUAACACGUUGUGUAACUUCCUGUACACGCAGGGUCCGUUCCGCAAAUCGUCCGCUGUUCUGGUUAAGAAGGCCAAAUAGCGACAAUUAGCUUCAAGGACAUCAUGGCUGCAACACUGCGUUUACUCUUCUCUGUGUCAAGGCCAGGCACUUUUGUGACCAGCCAGAGUCUAGUGAGAUCCUUCAGUGUCUCUACACAAAGGGAAGGAUUCAAGUAUGUGAACGCCCAGGAGAUUCCUACAGACAUGAAGUCCAUCACAGACCGAGCUGCUCAGACGCUGCUGUGGACAGAGCUCUUCAGAGGUCUGGGCAUGACGAUGAGCUACCUGUUCAGAGAGCCCGCCACCAUCAACUACCCAUUUGAGAAGGGGCCGCUGUCGCCCCGCUUCAGAGGAGAGCACGCCCUGCGCAGGUAUCCCUCAGGAGAGGAGCGCUGUAUUGCCUGCAAGCUGUGUGAAGCUAUCUGCCCUGCCCAGGCCAUCUCCAUUGAAGCUGAGACUCGAGCUGACGGCAGCAGGAGGACAACUCGCUACGACAUCGACAUGACCAAAUGCAUCUACUGUGGCUUCUGUCAGGAGGCGUGUCCUGUGGACGCCAUCGUAGAGGGCCCUAACUUUGAGUUUUCCACUGAGACCCAUGAAGAGCUGCUCUACAACAAGGAGAAGCUCCUCAACAACGGAGACAAGUGGGAAGCAGAGAUAGCCGCCAACAUACAAGCUGAUUACCUUUACCGAUAGUCACCACACACACACACACACACACACACACACACACACACAGUUAGCACAUACCAACAUAACCUCUGUGACACAUACGUCCAAACUGUACAUACUGUAAGAAGACAGGCGCAGCUGUGAUGGAUGUUCUUCAGGGUUGGAUUUCUUUUGUUUCAGACUUCAGCGUCAUCCUCUUCUGAUCAGAUGAUUUUACUUUGACAUGUUUCUGAUUUUUACCAUGGUAUUGUCUGGAAGACAUAUUUAUUGUAGGAAAGUGAAUACUACACUGGCUGUCUGUGUGCCAGCUGUGUGGUUAUCCACUGAGGACCAUGUGGUUGUGUCUGCGCAGUCCGACUUGACGAACGCACACAGUGUGAGUCAUGCUGUGACAGUAUUGGUGCUGUGACAGACUUCCUCCUGGUUUGAUCCUGAUGCCCCAUAGAAGUGCAUGUGGAUUAUUGUUAUUAUCUUGGAUGUUAGUCAGUUUUAUGGUCUUGACGCUGUUUCCACCCCACCUCACUCAAAUAAUAAAGUUCUGGGAGAAACUCUGAAUGUGAAGGAUUCUUCAAUUCUGCCUGAGGUAUUUAUAUUGCAGUGAAAAAUGAGCCCACAUUGAGUAAAAAUGUGAUGAGUGGUAAAAACGCAGAGAAACUGCUUGGGGUUUUUGCAGACUGAUAUCGAACAAAGAAUGUACAUGCACUUUUAUAGAGAAAAGAACAAAGGCAGCAGUCAGGGUGUGUGCAUGUACAAUUCUGGGUGCCAUCGAAUCUGUCAAAGUGUCAGGAGAAGCAGCUGCAUCUUCAAGGACAAGCAACUACUGAGUUCGUACCAGACAGUAGCAUAUGUGUGAGGACAGCUUUGUGCUCUAGGUCAUACAAAGCCAGACCUACAAAGUGCAAAAUAUGAUUUUUCUAUAACAGUUUUUAAUCAUGGGAAUUUAGACAGUUCUCCUGUGGUGCAUUAUCAUUUGACCUUGUGUGAAGUACAAAAAUUACAUAACUAUAAAUAAAUAAAUAUAUAUAGAAAUAA